UCUUCCGUCAUCCGUUUAUGAGAUUUUUUGGAGUUUUCCAUGCGGGGCCGCCCUAAUGAAUCAACUAAAUGGAAAAUAUGUUAAUGUAGUGUUGUCGGUCGAGGAUGGACGGGAGUUGGAUUUUGUCAAACAUCGAGUCCAUCUAUCUGCGAACUUUAGUGGAAGAAUUUUAGAAUCUGAUAGCGUAUUACCCGAAGAGUCGACACCAUUCAAUACGGAACUCAUCUGGGAGAUAGAAAAAAAGGAUCUGCGUAAAAUCCGAACCAUUAAUCAACUUCUGCGCCUGGAGUGUAUUUCGACGGAUAGCUACAACCGUCGCGAAAGAAUAGGCUUCGUUUUGUUCAGCUUGCGCAGUGCUCAGAUUGUGCCCUCUAAAGAACCGAAUAUUCCUGUCAGAUUCAAGUGGCACAAGCUUGUCGGGUGCCAAGCGGACAAGAAAAAAUUCCAUCCCGAACUAUACGUGGCACUGACGGUCAGAGAUCAUUUGCCCAAUCAAGAAGAAAAUAUCAAACCUCACAACGCGCCCUUAAUUUCGGAGCAGGACGUAGUGGAACAACUGGAACUACCUUCGGAGUGUUAUGUUAAAUACUUGGACGACGGGUACAUCCAAAUCGGCACCGGUGAUUAUCCCGAGUCUUAUUCGUUGAAUCUGCUGAUCGAAGAGGCGAAAAACUUGGAUGCCCUGCUACCGGAAGAGAUGGUAUUCAAGGAAAAUCCGGAAAAACUUCACAUGUCCUUUACAAUUUUCGGGGUGACCAUCAAAACCAAGCCGUUUUACAAGCAAGUCGAUGGUGUGACAAAUCUCAACGAAAAAGUGGUGGUGAGGUUACUAUCCAACGAACAGACGUUGUUUGACUUUUUCGUUAAUCAAUGCGUUACGAUUUCCAUAUUCAGCGGACGCGACAUGUUGGGAGUUGCAAAGGAAAAACCUCGAUCGAGGGGAACGAAUCUCCGCCUUCCAUACAAAUCCAUAUGUGGUUAAAGCGAGAGUUCCAUCCUAUUAGUGAAGAACUUAAAAGUCCUAGACAAAUUAUUUCCAACUUAUACGAGCCAAUGUCAAUAGCGUGUAGCGAUCGAGGAGAUGAAUUUAUCUUAGACAAUUUCAAACAAGUGUA